AUGUCAUCCUUACAUUCAAGAAGACUACUACUCCAAAACCAGUCGUACGCCGCCAUUCCACCGCCACCGGGUGCAGCAGAGGUUGUUCUGCCGCGUGAAAACACGAGUUUUGAUUCGAACGUGGUGAUGGUCCUUUCGGUCCUCCUAUGCGCCCUAAUCUGCUCUCUAGCUCUCAGUUCCAUCACGCGGUGCGCCCUCAGGUGCUCCCGUCUGGUGGCGGCCAACCCAAGCCCACCCACCGUCCCCCCCAACACUGGCAUCAAGAGAAAGGCCCUCCGCACCUACCCAACCAUUAGCUACAGGUCGAGCCUCGAAAUGCUCGGCCAAGGCACGGAGUGCGCCAUCUGCCUAUCGGACUUCGCCUCGGGCGAGCGCGUGAGAGUGCUGCCCACGUGCCGACAUGGGUUUCACGUCCGGUGCAUAGACAAGUGGCUCAACUCGCAUUCAUCGUGCCCCACCUGCAGGCACUGCCUGCUUGGCCGACAGCUGCCCGCAGUCCCGGCCCAGGACAAUGCUUUUGGUGUGACGAUCCAACCGCUGCAGCCUGAAGGCUUAAUUCGAGGUCAUGAAAUAUAA